GUCCCUGAACACUAACCUAAAUUCAGUAAUUAAAUAUGACAGACCACUAAUUCUGCACAUAUUUGUUCAGAAAACAGUAAUAGACUGUUUGGAAAUCACGUGCCUUUAAACAAAAUUGCCUUUCUUGCCACUGACUGUCUAAAAGCACCAGAAAGUCUUCAACUUCUCCUUUCAUUAAUUCCUUGCCAUUAUGUGUGGAAAACUGUCUCUGGAGAUGUAGGGCAAAUGUAAAGAAAAUAACAUAUUUUUUCAAAUGAGAAAAGGUUUUUUAGUGUUCAACAGAACUAAAACAUCAGUGGCCUUUAAAUUGCUUGCUUAAUACAAAAUACAUAGAUAUUCUCAUAUAGCAAGCAGUGGGAGCACAUACUCAUAUUCGAUACUUAAAACAGACCUAUAAUACUUCAUCCUGUUUCUCUUUUCUGUCCUUUAAAUUAACCAGAAUGUAAUUACAUGUUCUCCAUGACCCUAGCAUAGAACACUACUCUUUCGGCUCAGAGUGAUUUGAAUAAUUUUAAGCAAGAAAAUAAUUUGCUUGAAUUUUAAUUACCUUGCUAACUGUCAUUUAUGUGGAAUUUGUACUAGGUGAGGUGGCAUAGAAGCUUAUGGCCCUCACAAGGAGCUUGCUAUGCUUCACGGCAGAAAAUCUUUUUCUUACUACUAGUUACUGAUAUAGAGAGAUGCUUACAUGAGCUAUUUUAAAAUAAAAGUCUUUCAGUACUUAGCAGUGCUUGCUCUUCCUAAUAGAUGAGAGCUACACACAUUACACCUGGAAACCUUGAAAGGGAAGGUUAUGCCCCUCCUAUGAGUAGCUUCUCAGCUGAAGGUAGGGUUGUUUUCCUUCCCUGUCUGGUUUUCCUUGCUUCCCAGAGACUCUGUGGGUUUGACAGGAUAUUUUAUUUCCUCUACCAGAUACAACAAUCUAUAAUCUGAAGUAAGCAGAAGCAAUCCAGUUUGCUAAAGAGUUGUCUUAAGGAAACUAUGACCUUGUAUUAGGAUUUAGAUGCCCACCAGUUCUAUCUAUUCUGUUGAAGAAAAAGCAUCUCUAAGCCCAGGUUGAAUUCUCAGCCAUCCUGCUUUGCAACAUGUCAUAACAAGCCUGCUCAUGACUCUGCCCGUCUUCCUGAAUCACCAGUGGGAUUUUAUCUGCUUAUUAUUGAUUUCAGUGAAUGCUUUCUUCUGAUUUUCAAAAGCAACUGUCAGAGGAUAAUUCAACUCUUCAAAAUGUGAGGUGGAGAUGGCUGUAACCCUAUCUGGAGGGGCUUUCCCUGGCAGACUGCACACAAGUUGACUUUCAGCUCAUGUCAGGCUGAAAAGCCAAAGAAGGUUUUCAAAGGAAUGCAAAAGGAACAGGAGUUUUAAAAACACGAAGCUGAAAGGAGCUCUCCAUAAGAUGAAUUUCACCCAGCACCGUGGGACACUCCAGCCUCUCCAUUUCUGGAACCACAGCUACAUACUGCAUGGAGCUCCCAGCGAGCCCAAUACAAAGAGCCACCCCUCCGGAGGCUGCUACGAGCAACUCUUUGUAUCCCCUGAAGUGUUUGUGACUCUGGGCAUCAUCAGCUUGCUGGAGAACGUCCUGGUCAUUGCGGCAAUAGCCAAGAACAAGAACCUUCAUUCACCCAUGUACUUCUUCAUCUGUAGCUUGGCAGUGGCUGACAUGCUAGUGAGUGUAUCCAAUGGAUCAGAAACUAUUGUCAUCACGCUGCUAAACAAUACAGACACAGAUGCACAGAGCUUUACCAUAAACAUUGACAAUGUCAUUGACUCAGUGAUUUGCAGUUCCUUGCUUGCAUCAAUUUGCAGUCUCCUCUCAAUAGCAGUGGACAGGUACUUUACUAUCUUUUAUGCCCUCCAGUACCAUAAUAUCAUGACAGUGAAGCGUGUAGGGGUCAUCAUCACAUGCAUAUGGGCUGCUUGCACAGUCUCAGGCAUUUUGUUCAUCAUUUACUCUGACAGCAGCGUUGUAAUCAUCUGCCUUAUCAGCAUGUUCUUCACUAUGCUCAUUCUCAUGGCAUCCCUCUAUGUCCACAUGUUCAUGAUGGCUCGGAUGCAUAUCAAAAAGAUUGCUGUUCUUCCAGGGACUGGUCCUGUUCGUCAAGGGGCCAACAUGAAAGGGGCCAUCACUCUCACCAUCCUGAUUGGAGUUUUUGUUGUGUGCUGGGCACCAUUUUUCUUGCACCUGAUUUUCUACAUCUCCUGCCCCUACAACCCUUACUGUGUGUGCUUCAUGUCCCACUUUAACUUCUACCUUAUCCUCAUCAUGUGCAAUUCCAUCAUCGAUCCACUCAUUUAUGCGUUCCGGAGCCAGGAGCUCAGGAAAACAUUCAAGGAGAUUAUAUGCUGCUGUAGCCUGAGAGGGUUUUGUGAUUUUCCUGGCAAAUAUUAAACUGAGUGGAUACUUUAUUGUGUAAGACACAUGCAGCACAGACUUCCAAGCCUUUCUCAGCAGAAUUUGGGUUAAAUCUUUAAGAGUGAGCACCUCUUUCUGUCUCCCCUCCUUCUCAUCCUUGUAUCCCAUUCACACGUAACUCAUAUUUCUGUAGAAUGUUUGUUAUAUCUACAGUUUGUAAUUUAUUUGUGUGGAAAGAGAAGUAACACUUCAUACCCAUUUGUAAGUAAGCAAAUAAAUGUAAUGAUGAAUGUGAAAUACAUACAAACAAGAGCAGCUGUAUGUUCCAAUUGCUGACAAAACAUAUAACUUGCCUGGCUUACAGUACAUAUUGGCUGAUACUGUUCCUUAUGCUGUUGGAGUAAUCAUAACUAUCCAUUACAUUAUAUCCAGCUUAAAAUAGAGCAUAUGCUUCUCUUUUAGAGAAUCAGAGGUUCUCUGGAAUUAGAAAGCAGGUUUUUCAUAAAGGUUACUGCAACCGACAAGCUGUGUUCAUUCAUUCUGAACCCUUUUCCUUCUACUCCACAAGCAGCAAUUAUUUCUUUGUUAAGCUUUUUGCCUACAACAACAAGAUUUUUCAAAUGCCUGUUACUGAGACAAUUGAAUGCUUGGGUUUCCUGUUUGGUUGUGGUGGUUUUUUUUGUUGUUUGUUUGUUUGGUUGUUUUUUUGUUUUAAAAUUUAUUUUAUUUUUCCCAAGGUGAUAAUUGAUGUAUGUGUGAGAGUAUCUUUUUUUCCAAAGUUGAAAUUGUUUCAUGGAUCAUCUGUUAGCCCUGGAUAUAUUUGCUAGACUGACAUCCAGGUAGACUACCACCCUCCAUUUACCUAUGAAGCAGGUAUGUUUUUAAGAUUGACAGUGCCAGCAACAAUGUAAAGAUUCACUGAGAGAUAUACCUGAUGAAGAUGAAGAGGGAACUUCAGUUUGAGCAUUCAGUCCUUCCUUGUUCUGAGGUGGUGUGCGAAAGAGGCCUCUGUGCUUCAGAAGAAAAUACAUCCUUGUCAGAAACAGGCUGCCCUCUACUCUGAGGUGUGGUGUUAGCAGAUGGGAUCCACUGCCAGGAUCCUUACAGAGUCAAGGCACAUGUGAAUCUGACUUGAGCACCUCAGAUCAUAUUGAGAAGCAUCUGAUCUUUGUGGGGUCAGUGCUAUCACAUGGAAGGUAUGCUGGCUGACAAGUCUCUAAACCCAUGCUCUGUAUCUGGCAGCCCUGUGUGUUACUACUGCUUGAAGUCAGUUCACCUUUUCAGGCAGCUGUUUGAUGUGUCCUCAGUUUCAUGCUAAAAGGCACACCACAGAUUAUAAUAGGGAUCUCAGGUCCCUGAUUUUAGCACCUUUGGAAGUGUUUAAAGUAUAAAUGUCAGUACACAGGAUUCUACGAAGGUGUCCCUUAACACCUCGACAAUAUCAGCUUCUAUUUAAGGGUAAAAAAUAAUUUAUUUAUUCCCAGAAAGCAUAAAAACAUAGUGGUUAACUGGUAGAACACCUGAAAAGUUCUGACUUAAAAACUCAGAAUUGAAUGGAAAUAAUAAUUUAGGUUUUAAUUCUGGAUGCCUGAUUUUACCAAGGUGAGUGGUGAAUUAGUUGGAUGAGCGGUCCUAUUAAUUUUCUUGGAAACAGCUUGUUACCUCAAACUGCUUGUUCCCUCAUUAAAGAAAGAUACAAAAUUAAAAGGUAUUUCUGAGAACCCGAUUUUUGCUGCCUGGGAUACUUCUCCAGUCAAAAGCUGAUCUUUCAGUUGUGGGUAACUAUUCAUGACAUUGUAAAACUGUGAAAACAUUUGAUCCUUUGUCAAAGAGCAUGAAGGAUUUAAGGUGGGUCUCAGGAUCUUUAAUUUCAUUCUACUUACAGGUAGAGUAAGAAAAUAAUUUGACUUUGUGCAUUGAAGUCCCUUGACAGACCAGCAGGAGAAAAAUCAUGUCUCCUACACAUUAAUCUUGCAGAUGGUCUACCCCAUCCACCACACUUCUUGCAACACACCCUGUUACCUUCUCGUAGCUUUAGUAAAUGAUAUUGCCACUUCACAAUGGUUGCUGUGUGGAAGAUGUUGAAUUAAAACUACUACAUUAACUUGACUUACUUUCUUCUUGAUGAAACUAUAAACAUUUCAAUAAUACAUAAGAAGAGGAAAAAAAAUAGUAUUUAAAUUAAUAGUUUAUCCAAAAAUCCAAUGGACUUUAUUAAAGGCCUUUCUUGCUCUCUGAAGAUAUGUCAUCUAUGCAAAAAUACUCUGCUGAUAAUGCAUGAAAUUGCUGAUGUCAGUUUGAACAGAACACAAAUAUAACUUGAUCAUUUUUGGCUUUCUUAGCUAUUUUAGGACCAUAAAUUAUGAUAUUUGGCUCCAGAUAUUCCCUUUGUAGACCCUUGAUGCAGAGGGGCUCCAGUGGAAAGAGAGCAAGUUACUACCUUAGGUACUCUGAACUUUACCUCCAAAGUUUCUCUGUCUCCCCUUAGGCUAUACAAGGACCAGACACCUAAUCUAAACACAUCUGAAUUCUGAAGUAAACUACUUCCUGACCUUCUAGUUGAUUACUAAAACUAGCAGUCUCACUUCUUUUUGCAACUCAAGGGGAAGAAAAAUAACAAUUACUUUGUAUCUUGUUAGUGUGGAGGCUUUUAUCAAUGGUUUUCUUGUAGUUUCCAAAAGCAUUGUGUAUUUCUUGACUAAGACUUAUCAAGACAGUUGUGACCCCAUUAUGCUCUAAAUACAAUUUAGAAAUCUAAUUUUUAAAACUAGCUUAUUCCAGAGUUUUAGUGACUCUGAGCUGGCUUAGCAGCUCUUCUGUCUUUGUUUUAUAAAGCUAAAUGUACAUACAUACUUUUGAAAACAGUUUUUAAUUGAAGAGGACUUUUUCAUUUCAUGGUAUUAUCUCUCAGAGUGUAAUUUAUUGAAAUUGCUGGCAAGCCUCCUACAUAGAUAGCUUUCCUGUUCCCAGAUACUCUGUUCUUUCUGAGUAGCUGAAUCAGUUUGUGUUUGCCUAUAGCUCUGGCAGCUUUCCAGCAAAGAGUCAUAGAAAUUGGUGUUGUGAAAGAUAAGCAAGUUCAUCUAGCUUGCUGGAGAGUGGGAACAGUGGAGGAUUACAUUCCACACUCGAUUUGCUGGAGCUUUGUUCUUCUAUUUGAAAAUCUUCUAAGAAAAUGAGAUUUCUUUCUUUAAAUAUGUGGGUCCCUAAUCACUUUAGCACUCAGCAUUUUAGUCAUGUUUUUUAACCAAGGAACAUUCCUCUGCGGCAAGGAAAUGGCUUUGUCUCCACUUUACAGGUGUAAGAAUAUACAUUUUCACUUCUGCUGGAGAAAAGGGGCUAAUGGAUUUGCUCAGCCUCCUAGAAAACAGUCUUCGCUUGAGCUGGGUUCUCCACCCUUCCCAAUAACUGGCUGUAAUAUAAUACACAAAACUUCUGAAGAAAAGGUCUUUCUUCAAGAAGGACGUUUCUUUAGCUUUAAAGUAGUUUUUGAACAAAGUGAAGAACUCAAAAAACACUUACAAGGAUGCAGCUGGUCUCACUAGAGUGGGUUUUGAAUGAUGAUCCAAGAUCCCCUUUACAACUGAAAUACACUGUCAUCUGGAAGUGAGGAGAAAUACACUGAUGGACUCACGUGUUAUUGAAUGUGCAGCCUUUAUUUAUGCCUUUAAUAGGUGUGCAGAGCACACGUUAUUAAUGUAAUUCUAAAAUGGAUUUGUUGUUGUUAAACUGAUCCUAUUCUACAAUGUGUUCAUUGGGCUUCUCUAUUCUCAAGCUGAAUUCUGGUGAAGGAGAACUUUUGUCCUGAUGUUAGUUAUAAUAUACUGUAUUGUUUAUAGGCUUGAAUAAAAAUUGCAGUCUCAGUCCCACUGGAAGGAGCUCUCAGAAGAUGUACCUUUUGGGAUGAAAUUUUCAUUGUUUGUCCAGAAAUUACUUCAGAUUGUAAACUAAUAUUCCAAUCCCUUAAAUUGUAUCUCAAGUGUCCUAGUGUGGAUGAAAUGCUUCUCUCACUUAUAAAAAAAAAAAAAAAGGAGACUUUAUACGUCACAGAAACUGUCUACUGCUACUACGGAUACUGUCAUAUAAGCCAUGUUAUGAAUUGGCCAUGCUUGGAUUUUUUUUGUUUCAAAUGGUUCUGUUGUCCUAGCAGUUUUUAAUAUUUUUGCCCACUCUGUUCGUAGAAGAAAAAAUUUUCAGAUUUGUGGAUUUAAAAUAGCCCUCUUUGUGUUUGUAAUGUAAAUGUACUCAUCAGUUCUGUUUUUACUCAUUUGAUCCCUUGCAAACAUUGUUCAUUUGUUUCACUUGUUCUCCUUUACGCUUGGUAUAUUUCUGUAUUUUUAUAUUUCUGGACUGCCAUUAAUCUGAGUUCUCCAAGUCAUCGCAUACUCACCACACAGCCUUUGUGGUGGGUUUGCCUUUGGCCAACAGCAAAACCCCCACACAGCUGCUUGCUCACUCCCCAUCUUGGAGGGACAAGUGGAGAAAAUCAGAAGAACAAGAAUGAGAAAGCUUGUGGGUCUGGGUGAAGGCAAGGGUAUCACAACUACCAUCACAGGUGAAACAGGCUUGAUUUGAGGAUAAUGAACCUAAUUCAUGACCAAUUAAAAUGAAUAUUUACUUACUGAUUCAGCUACCGGGAAACAAAAAGUCAAAACACCAGGACAGUGUUUUGCCCUUUCUUCCCCAGGCUUUCCCCGAGGUGCCCGCCCGUGGCUGAGGGGCUCAGCUGUGCCCUGCGCUGGGGCCGCUGGAGCCGCUGGAACCGGCUGUAGCCAGCACAGGGCAGAACUGGACACUCCCACAGGGGCCAACCCGGCAGCCCCGGGGCUGCUGUUGCUGGUACCUUGGCACCUGCAUCUGGUUCAACAUGGUAGGCAACAAUUCUGUAAGCAGCAUAUCAAGUGAAGUCUCAUUGCUCUGUACAUUUUAGUUCCAUUCCACAGAAACCUCCGCACCUAAAUCAUUAACCUCUUUCAUGUCCAUAGCUUCAGCUACUCUUUUUUUUUUUUUCCCUGCAAUGAACUAAUCAACCCAAAAUGUUCCCCUCUUCGUCUCUUUCCUGCUGAAGAGCUCUCACUGUAGAGGUUCAAAACCCGUUAUUAGCUUCUGAAUUAAUGACUUUGAACAAUAUACUGUUAAGUCCCAUCCUAUUUCUAUUAUUUCAAUCCUCAGAAUGAUCUGCCUUCCCUAAUUGGUUUUCAGAUAGUCCUUUUUGUGGAAAUUGUGGACAGCUUUUACCACCAAGCACUGACGCUGGCACAUCCCUCUUGACACAGCCCUGUGGGUCAGGCUGCAGCCUCUGCUGGCUGUGUCAGCAGGGAUCCGUUCUAAAUCUUGCACGUACUGUGUUGUGCAUUAAUAAAAAAUAAUUUAUAUAUGUUUCCAGGUGACAAGAAAGAAAACUAAAACUCAUAAAUGUGUGCAAUUUUCCAUACUUAACUGUUUUUGAAACAAACACAUUAUAGCUUAUUAGAGCUUUAUUCUUUGUGAAAGGCAGUGGGUGAGUAAAUGAACAUAAGUCCAAGUACAUUUGGAGCCAGUAUAAGCGGAGCAUAAACAAAACAGUUUAUUCGUGCAAUAAUCUGCAGUAACUGUUUUGAAAUGCAGAGGAAUUAAAACAUAUUAUGAAGAUAUUAUGAAGAUAAUAUCCACUGUAAAAAUAUCUUCUGUUGAGAUGGCAUCUCUGUGCACAUCUGAGAUUUCUUCUUUUGCUAACACAGGUAAUGCAGAGUACAACAUAUGCUCCUCAUGUACAUCAUAAAAACAAGCAAGCAAGCUUUCUAAUGUUGUAUUCAGUACAGCUUAAAGGCUGAUUUAUUAAAAAAAACAGUCAAGCUUGGUUUUCCCAUUGAAAGUGGAGACAAAAGAAGGGGUCUGAAUUAAAAAAAAAAAAAAGAAAGAAAGAAAGAGAAAAAAGAAAAAACAGAAAAAGAAAAAGAAAAAGAAAAAGAAAGAGAAAGAGAAAGAGAAAAAGAAAAAGAAAAAGAAAAAGAAAAAGAAAAAGAAAAAGAAAAAGAAAAAGAAAAAGAAAAAGAAAAAGAAAAAGAAAAAGAAAAAGACCCCAGGUUUAAAUUGCUACUAUUGAGGUAAUCACCACAUUUUCCCAAUUUUGACUAGGCCAAGGGAGUCUGAAAGCUUUCUGGAAAGCAGGAAUCAUGCAGAUAACUGUCCCUAGAUUUAGCUGGCUGUGCAUAAACCUGCCAAGUUCUGGCUGAUGAGUGGGUGUUUGCUUUAAAGCAUUGAAAGUCAUCUAACAGUGUACACCAUAGAUUAUCACUGAUGCUUCUAAUUAUCAAGAUACACAUACAGACACAAUAAAAUUGCAAAAAAAGCCUGGCUGUGCAUGAAGACAAACAUAAAUAAUGUAUGUUUGGUAGAAAUAAAUCUUUACUUAUUAUUCUGAAGAUUUUACUGGGGAGAUGAGGUUGAUGUCAUUGCUUUCUUAUGAUUAUUAUCUUCAGCUUCACCCAUGGAAAUGCAAUACUUGCAAGUAAUACGGACAGCCUAAUUUUCCCCUCUAAGACAAAGUUGCUCCAGGCCAAAUAGCAUAGUAUUUCAUGCAAUAUUAAAGGUAAUGCUGGUAUAAACUCACUGAGAACUUAGGCAAAAUUUUGCUAAAAUUAUGCAUGUCAAUGGUGUGUAUAUGGUGUGUAAAAUUCCAUGCUUCUUUCAUUUUAGUGCAAAUGUUACUACUGACCCUCCCCAGUUUCUCCUGGAAGAAAUGCUGCUGCCUAGAAGUAACCAGAUGCCCAAAGCAUUUAUGUGGGUUUCUCCCGUGACCACCUUCACCCUAGUGAGUUCUAGACCCACUGAAACUUCUGCUCUUCUCCCUGGACAUCACUGCUCUUGUGUCCUGUGCUACCUGACCACCUUCUUUCCUCUUGCUAGGCCUCCCAAAUUCCAAGUUUAUCUCCUUCCUAACUGGGGUAUAUGCACAUCUCCUCUCUCCAAUUGACUUCUGAUCCAAAUGAGCUGUCAUCUCCCAAUAAAUAGUUCACAAAUGUAGAAGGACUUUUUUGCAUGCUUGAAAUAUUAAAGCAGUUACCAACACUUUCUUUUAUCAGUAUUAACACUGAGCAUUUGAGUUUGCAACCAGAGAUACAUUGAGAAGAGCUAUGAGUCCACAUUUAUACAUUCAAACACUGCCAGCACAGCCACUUGUCAUCAAAUUAAUUACAUUUGGUGAACAGUUUUGAUGUUUCAUCAAUCAUGGAACCUGAACCUAAGCAUGGAAGGCUCAGUUCACCUGCCAUCUUCAUCUAUCUUUUUCUUCACCCUUGAGGCUGCUGUUCAAAUGCUGGGAUACUCAAGGGAUACAGGUUUUUAGAUGCUCAGUGGAAAAGUUUGUUUAUUCCAAACUGAGUUUGGUUUUUAACUGUCAUUUAGAAGGAUGGUCUGAGCUCAGAAAAUCCCAAGGAGAGAUGCUCAAGGAGAUAAGCUCUUCUCUGUGCAUCUGGAUAUACAAAGAAAAGCAAAAUUUUGAAUUUAACUCCUUCUGAGGUAUUGCUUUCCCCUCCCACAUGGUAUUGUGGAUACAGCAGUGUAGCCAGUGAAUGCCUUGAGAGACACUGUGAAAAUAGGUCUCUUCAUAGGGCCUCAGCUUUCCUGUAGUCCACAGAAAGAAGAGAUAGAACACACUCACAGCUUUUCUUACUUUUCUAUGUUGCUGUAAGAAAUAAGGAACACCUCUUCUUGUGGAAAAAUAUAGUUUACUAGAAAAUCAUUCAAGUCAUAUUUGAAUUAGAGGAGCUUGCCUUCUAAGAUUUAGUUUCUUAACCUGAAUUUUAUACUCAUCAUAUUUUCUUAUUCCCAUUCCCCUAAAGAAUAUCCAUUAAACUUUGUGAUUUGCUGUAUCUGUUGUCUCAUGCAGAAAUUAAAAAUGCAGACAGGAUGUAUGAUGUGUUUUUGGCACCCCUCUGUUGCAGUGCCUUUACUGAUCACAGGGAAGUCUCAACUGUAAACAUUAAUUUCCUAAUGAUGACAACAGGGACAAGAGAAGACUCAGUCUCUUGUGCUUUUUCCCCUCAUUUUCUUGCUUAUAGGUAUUGUACAUUGUCUUCUAAUACAAAUUUUAUAGCUUUUUUUUUUUUUUUUUUUUUAAAUGGAGAAUCAGCCUGUUGUGGUUUAACCCCAGUUGGCAACUAGGGUCAUGCAACCGUUCACUUAGUCAAAAAUGGAAAAAAGAACUUAUGGGUUGAGAUAAGAACAGUUUAAUAGGACAACAAAGGAAGAGAGAAAGAUAAUAAUAAUAAUAAUAAUGAUAAGAAUAGAAUACACAAAACAAGGCUUACACAACACAAUUGCUCACUACUCACAACAUUGAUAGCCAAUUCAUUCCCAACCAGAGAUAGUUGCCCCCUGGCCAACUCCUGUUUUUAUACUGGGCAUGACAUCAUUUAGUAAGGAAUAUGUCUUUGGCCAGCUUGGGUCAGUUGUCCUGGCUUGGCUCCCUCCCAGCUUCUUGUGCACCUAGUAGGGCAUGGGAAGCUGAAAAAGUCCUUGAUUACCCAGCAACAACAAAAAUAUCAGUGUAUUAUCAACAUUCUUCUCACACUAAAUCCAAAAUACAGCACUAUAUCAGCUACCAGAAAGCCAAAACCAGGACACAGCCUCAAAAACGUUAGAUGCAAUUUAGGGAAAAAAACAACUAAACCUCAGCUCAGCACCCUAAUAUGGCUUAUUUAAAACUGACAGCUACUCAGGCUCAAAGAGAACUGCUAGCUAUAUGGUAAGUAGUGACCAGAUGCUUCCAACUUCAGCUUAUAACACUAUUUUGAGGAGAGGACGUUCUGUGAUGUAAUUUCAUGAAGAAAAUCUUGAAGAUCAAGGCGAUAAUACUUGACAUAUCUUACAAAACAGAGAAACUCUUUUUUUUCUGUAUUAGAUGCUGGAACUACAGAAUGCAGGUUCUGCAAUUUUGCAUUUGUUUUUUCUCUCUUCUUCCUUUUAUUAGUCAAGAUUCUUAAAAAGCUUCAAACAUCCUGGAAUCUUCUAAUUAGAAAAGCAAAGACAGAUCUAAGAGGGAAAUAUUUUUGUAGGGCAGAUAGCUCUAUCUUGGAACUCUUGAAGUGCUGUGUAUAAAACCUUUGUACAAGGUAAACCUUAGCUAAUAAUAAAUUUCUCUAGAUGUUUUACUCUCACUUGUUCAAAAUAUGUGUUUUGGAGCACUAAUAUGGGUAAUAGCAGUCACAAGGGAAAGAAGUGAUUUAGGAAUGCCAAAUACUUUUAUGUUAGAAGGUGAUGGCAACAUAUGAUGCACCCACAAGGUUGCUGAAUGUGAAGAUCUGUGGUUACUGGAGAGUGUCGAGGGUCAUAAGUUCAGUGUCUGACAAACUAGAGCAGAAGCAGCUCUUCAACCUUAGAAUUAUAAAGCUCUUUAACUUACUAACCCCUCCAUCUAACAGAGUAGCACAUAACACCUACUAAGAGAAAACAAAAACAAACAAAACCAAAAACAAUCCUGUCUACCACACAUGCAUUUAUAUGGCAAUUGUUUGCCAUGCAGUUUCAGCAUAUCUAUGACUUAGAGGCUGCAAUGUCAGAGGAAGGCAAGCAUUCCUACAUUUUGUGUUAGGUCAAGAAUUUUAUUCUGGUAAUACUAAACAGCUGCACUUCUAAAAGGUCUCAUUUCAAAGACAGUGUAUCUUUUGAUUCACAUGCUUAGUUUCUUGGGUGGCAUCUCCAGACUCUUCAAUCAUUCAACUUGUGUUGCCCUUUUCAAGUUCUACAUCUGUCAGAAAAGGAAAGGCUGCCAUCUCCUCAAUAGGUAAUACUCGAAAGACUCUGUGUUCGUGCUGCAUUUCCUGAUUCACAACAGAAAAGUUCUUGGGCAUGACCCCUGAUGCAGCUAUAGAUACUGUUUCAUAUGCAACAGACACAGUAGUAGUUUAUUGAGUUUGCAGUUUAGGUCAAAGGUUAAUUCCUCUUUCUAUUAUACUUCUGCUAUCCAAAUGAAAUAAUGAGAAUGAACAAAGAAACUGACGUUUAAAGUCAGUUUGAGAAAAAAUAAAUGUGCAAGGAUCCUUUUUUUUUUCUUUUUCUUCACAGCCCAACAGCUAUAGGAAUAGUCUGGUUUUAAAGCAAUCUUUCCAGAAGAGACUGUGCAGCUCCUUCCAAAAAACAUGCCCCUUUUGUCAAUCUUAGCUGGCAUUUCUAAGUGACUGAAAGGAACUGCAGUUUGGUGAUCUGGGUGAUGGAUGAUUGUCACAGCUUCCUGUCCCAGGAAGUGUAAUACACAGAGCAUUUGUCUCUGAAAUUGAGCAGGUUUAUCAACUUCUGAGGGACCUUUCAGUAGUUCUUCGAGGCUACUAUUGUGCUUCAGAUGUCACAUAAUACUUUGACAUUAUCACUCCAAAUAGCUUAAGAGGAGCUUCUGAGCUUCCAUUUAUUGUUGCUUUAUAAUAAUAAAUGCAUAGAAAAUUUAGUUCCAAAGUGAAAUCUAAGAUUAAAUAGCCUGAAGUUAGAAUUUCAGCUUCUGAAGGGGUUGAUACUUAAAUUUGUUGAACAAUUAAGGCAGUAUGAGCAGGGGGACUUUAAUCUCUUGUGCUAACAACAGAGAAUUCAUUUAAAGGAAUCCACUUAGAGUUUUAUGUUAAAAAAAAUACUGAUAUUUAACAGGUACUAAAUUUGAUAAGUACAGAACAAUAGAACAUUAGAAAUAAGCAGAAAAGAGAGAAGCAGAAAAGCAACAACCUUUCCGGCUAAGAUAGUUUAAUGAUUGUUCCUAAUCAGAACCUGGCUUCUAGUUACAAUAAAAUGUACUUCACUGAAAUCUGCCCUCAAAACAAAUUUUAAGAGAAAAAUGCCACUGGAUUCAGGCAGCAGUAGCCUGCUUUGCUUUUUUUUUUUUUUUUAGAACAAUUUAGAAUUGUUUUUAAAACAUCCUUAUAGAAUUGCAUUGUUAACCAGAACAAGCCUGUAAUAGGCUAUUUUAAGUAUAUUGAAUGAAUCUUAGUCAGUCUCAAAAGCAUCAUCAAUUUAAAUCUGUUCUCAUUCGUAUAGGGAUAUUGAAGUCUUGGACAAUUUUCAAGUAUAUCUGAGUUUGUUUUGCUCUAAUGCAAACUUUUCCUUCCUACCCAGCCUCAGAGGAGUGAGAGCUCUUCAAAUUCCUUAAAUGCUCCCACAGGAUCACGAUGACCUCUUUCAAUUGAUUUAACACUCUUUGUGUCCUAUUUUGUCUGUAAAACAAAAUAAAAAAAAAAAAAAUAAUUGCUCUCCAUGUCUAUUGAGAAGUUUAUGUUAUGUGAUUUCAUUUAAAACAGAAAUAUUUAUAUUACAUUAGGUCCCAAAUCCUGCAACCAUAUUGGAUCCCACUGUACUAAGAGUUUUACAAAGGUAUGAUAGACAAACACCAUCUCAAGGAGUUUGUAGAAUAAAAUAUGCCUGCAUAAUUUGGUGAAAGACUCUAUAUAAAGUGCGAAGGAGCUAUUGUUACAGUUGAUGAAACAGUGGCAGCUGAAUUUCUUUUGGAUAUGAUACGCUAUUGCAAUCAUUUCCCAGGAAAUGAGAGUAAUAGGCAAGGCAACCCUAUGAACACUUUUUUUUUAAAUGAUAAAAAUCAGAAUGCUUCAUGUUUUCAUUCCAAUGCAUUGUGGAAACCGAUGAGAAGUUUUUGAGGCACAUUUAUGCGGUACUAGUAGAGGAGCAGUAGAAGGAAUACCAAUAUAUAUAGAGAGAUUAUAAACCUCUUUGUGAAAUUCUCUGGUCCAGUUCUUGUCUCUUUGAAAUGGACAGGAAACCUAAGCUGACUUCAGUGAAGUCUGAAUUUCACCUCUGACAUUUAAAUGCCACUGUUGUUCACAUAUAGUUACUGGGGAUACAGAAAGCACAUUAUGAAAUGAAAAUAACCUUUGCACCAAGAUUUUCAUCACAAUUGCAAUAUUCUCUCAUGACAUUCCAUCAUUUUUUCUUUUAUUGUUAAUGUCAGAGUGACCACUUGAAAGACCUCAAAGGUCCAGAUGCUGUUUGCACAAGUUUCUACAUGAUGAUAAAAAUCAGAUUCUAAACAUUAAUCAAAAAGUUCUGCCUUAAUCUUCCUUUAUCUCUUUUUAUUCACAUGGUUGAUAUUUUCCAGUAAGUUAGGCUGUAUAUUGUUCUUUUCUCAAUAUUUCUUCCUCUAAAAUUUUCUCCCAUUUUCCUAUGCAUCCCCUCAGAGGUUUUCUUACCUGGGAGGAGCUGAGCAUGCUUAGUUGGAAAGCACGAUGAGGUGGGCAGGAGGGAAAUAUUGCAGCUAGAGGAAUGUGAGGCAUGGAAGUCUCAUAGGAAGAUGAGUGCAUUGAUACAGCUCAGGUGGAUGGAAAGAGGGGUGGCUUGUUUUUUGUUUGAAUUUUUUCCUUAAAGGUGUGCAAAUUGUUGCAGCUCAGGAAGGUAUAGAAAAUUGCUGGAACUGAGAACAAGUAUGGAAAAAAAGUAGGAGGUACUUCCUUGUAAAUUCUUUUACUUUAAUGCGUGUUGUGUAGUAGAGCUCUAGGCUCUCUAUGUCUAAAGUUCAUUGUUUGAAAGUGUGAUAAAGGGAACACUAUGUUCAGAGACUGAAAGCUUCUUUAGUGUUUCAACAGGCUUCUCACAAAGAAAGGUGCAGAUAGCAUCACUUCAAAGCUCUGUCUAGCUCUUCACACAAGGCUACCCACCACAAUCUACUUGCAACUGCAUAAGCCCAAGUGUAGGGAGAAAUUUUCACAGUUAUAGCUACCUACUUGUGGGGGUUUCUUUGUUGUUGUUUCUGGUUUGUGGUUUGUUUUUUUUUUUGUGUGUGUGUGUGUGUGGGGGGUGUUUGUUUUGUUUUCUUUUUUUUUUUUUAAUGAACUCGUUUUUUAGUUAAAAAAUAUAUGUUUUUCUCUGUCAAAUUCUGUAAACACAUUAAUAUUUUUCUGCUUUCACUGCCUCUUAUGAUCUGAGGUUUAUCUGAAGUUUCUGGAAAAAGGAUUUCCAGUGCUUGCCAGAGAAAGAAGGCAUAUUUUUCAAUGCAUUGUUUCCCACAAGAUUAGAAAACAAAACAUUAAACAAUGUUUCAGAAUUCAAAGUUGAAUCUUAAGACAGCAACAAUGCAUAUGAAGUAUCUAAAUGCAGAUGCUGUUUGUCCAGUUGGGAGGUUCUUUUAAAUAGUUUCAAAAAUAUUAUUGUUUUAAACAGAUGAAUUACUCAAUUUUGAACACUUUUUCUAGUAAGGAAAUCCUGUGUUGCAUGACAUUGCUAUACAAUUCAGAAGCACUUCUAAAAAUGUCUGGGUUUCUCAUAGAUGGGCUAAAUUACUGCUUGAUUCAACUAUGCUGACUUUACUAGGGUUAAUUUAUCUCAAUAUCUCUGUACUGAAAAAAAAAAAGUUGCUUUUUAAACUUAUAAUACUUCUAAAAUAACACAAAAUCGUACUGAAGGAAAAGCAAUACAUUUUAUGAGGUUCCCUAUAUUAGCUUUGUUUAUUACUAUCCCAAUAUAAAAAUAAAUAUUGAAGAGUUUUCUAGACUGGGCAAAAGCUUUGCAUUGAAAAUGUAUCAGUCAUUUAAAGUGGAAGCAGCUAA